AUGGCGGCGGGCGAGGAGCGGGCCCCGGGGCACGGCCGCGGCCCCUCGCCCCAGGAGGCGGCGCUGGACGUGAGUUGGGUUCAGGGAUUCUCGAAAAAGAACUUUGGCUUUAUCAACAAUCAGACCGUCUGCUACCCUUGUGGCAAUUACAUCCUCUUCCUGGACAUUAAAACAAAGAAGACGACAGCGCUGCAGUGUCCGACCGGCCAGGUGGGAGCCUUCGCAGUGAACGCGAGCAGCGAAGUGCUGGCCUUUUCAGACCGGAAGCUGAAUCCCCUCAUAUAUAUCUACAGCUUUCCAGAACUGAACAAACUGACAGAAUUAAAAGGUAAUGUUCAGUUGGACUACACUGUACUUGCGUUUAGCUUCACAGGCCCUUAUCUAGCCAGUUACUCUUCAAUCCCAGAAUUUGUUCUUUCAGUAUGGAACUGGCAAGAAAAUAUCCUCCUGUGCAGUGAGUCCCAGCCAGCCAUACCAGUGACCUCGUUAAGUUUUAAUCCCAUGAAUUGGCAACAACUGUGUUCUGUUAAUGAGAGCUCUGUUACUGUCUGGCAUAUUGAAAGGAAUUAUGAUGAGCAUCACCUUAAGCGAAACCCUGUGAAACUCCCUCAUGGACAAGGGUCUCUGAAUCUUCAUGAAGAUUUGUUUUUCCCAGAUUCUGGUAACGAAGAUCCCUACCAUGGCCCUGUUAUGCCAGUUUCAGCCAUUGCCGGAUUGGUAGGAGAUGAAGCAGAAACAUUCAUGCCUAGAACUGCUGUUAAGCCUUCAGUGCAUCCUACUGCCCACUGCUGGACUGCAACCUCUGACAUUUACAUGGGCUGUAAAGAAGGAUAUAUUUUGAAAAUUGAUGCCAAGACACUCAGUGCUUGUGUUCUUCAACAAAAACCUCUACCAGAAUACAUGCGUAAAGUAUCGGACGUGGUGGCAUAUGUUCGUAGAGAAGUAUGGAAAAAAAAAGGUGGCAAACCAAGGAAUCUGCAAAGAACAGUUGUAUUUGCCAUGGCAUUUUGUAACGAGGGACUGUACACAGCUGGAAGCGAGGGCGUUUUAUUCUUUUAUCACAUCAGAGGUCUUCAGUAUGAGAUGAAAAUCUGCACUGACAUCGUAGAACCUAUAUCCAGCCUCCUGUUCUCUCCUGAUUACACAAUACUUCUGCUUAUUACUGAUCAGGGGACAAUCUAUACUUACAAACCUGCCCGCAGUGGAGAAGCUGUCAAACUCCUGGAUGCAAGCAGCAGUUGUUUUCUGGCGGCUGAUUUUCUUCCUCCAGAGAACAAGUACUGUGUGUCUGUAACAAUUUCAGGUGAAGUACAAGUUUGGCUCCUGGAAGAUGGGACUUCUCUUAGCAAGAGAAACCUUAAUAUUGAGGCAACUGCUAUGGCUUGCUGUCCUUCCUCAAACAGUGUUGCUGUAGGGACCAAAAGUGGUCAAAUAUAUUUCAUUGAUGUUACUGAUGUUGAAGCUCCACGGGUUGUUCACAGAAUUUUUCUUUCCAAAUUUCCAGUACUGUCUUUGCAUUAUGACCAGAGUGGCCAGUUCCUCAUCACUAGAGCUACAGAAGAACAUAUCUUUAUUCUAGAUGCCCGGCCUUCAAAAUUAUUCCAGGUUCUUGGAUAUAUAGUGUUGGCAGAUGAAGUGCUGGGUCUCUCUGUAGUUUCUGACUUCAAGAACAACUUUGUUGAAGUAAUGGUGGUACUUAAUGUAGCAGAGGUCCAGCGAGCAAGGCUGGAAAUCUUCUGUCUAUCUUCAGCACUCACAGAAGAUAAUGAAAAGUUUGUUAGUGAACAAGGAAUGCUAAAUGCUAGUGCCAUUAAAAGGGAGCAAUAUGAUCUGGAUUACCCUUUGAGCUCGGCGGUCAGACUGAAGGAUAACACAGUGUACGGCUACUGUACCUGUGCACCUUUCAUCUGUAAAUACAAUCUCUCUGAACAGAAUAUUUUGGAAGAUCCACCAGUAUUGUUAUCAGAAAAGAGGACUCCUAGCAACCAGUUUGGAUCAGGAUUCCUCUGCUUAUCACCCAACAGCCGAUGGCUGGCAUCAGCAGCAAAGGAUGGUGUUUUGUUCAUCUAUCAUACUUCUACUAUGGAAAUACUUGCUCAAAAGCAUUGCCACUCAUAUCAAGGAGGGGGAAUCAGAUCCGCAGUAUUUUCACUGGAUGGCAAAUUCAUCCUCGUUAAUGGCGAAACUGAUGGUGCCCUGGUGUGUCUGAAAUGGAAGAAAAUAAAGGACAUUGAAGUUAAGGAAGCUGCUUUUCAUUGGCAAUCUCUUCUUACUAUACUGAACAAGUCUAUUUCAAAUGAAAAUGCUGUGUUAAAAUGUAUGGCAGAAUGGCAGUUCGAUCCAGAAUCCACAUCAGAAUCACUUCGAGAAAAGAAAUCUAAGGAGGCACCAGUUCAAUCGUCUAAUGUAGAGGUGACAGAAGAUGAAAACUUCACCAGUUUGCCUUCUGACAGUACCAGUGAAAUGACCUGGAUAGGUCAAAAAAUAAAGAAGGUCAUUAGAGAAGAGACUGAGAGGUUUGCUGACCAGAAGAAAGAACUUCAAAAGGGAAUUAAGAAGCUGCGUAAAACUAUUCAGGAAAUGCUGCAUGAAAAUGAACAGGUGCCAGACAUUGAGAAACUGGAGCAACAGGAGUUCAACCUGGAUACAGAAGAACAGGAAAGAGUGCAAGCAGAGGCUGAACAAGAAGUGGCCAGGGUGAGGGAAAAGAUUGAGAUGGAGACUUUAGCCAACUGCUACUUGCAGAAUGUCAUCAAACAUGAGUGCUGGGACUCCAUGUCUGUAAAAGGGCGUACAGUUAAGUGUUUCCAUAUAGCUUGUGAAGUGAAGAAUUAUCCUCUGAAAGAACUUAAUGAACAAGAGUUGGCAACUUUGGAGAAAGUUCUCCAAUUAAGGAAGAUUGAGGCAGCUGAUCCUAAGGUUCAGAAAAAAAAUCUUGAGACUGAGUCUGAGACUGUAUUAUCCACAGAAGAAGGAGAGAAAGUGGAGGAAGUAACGGCUGGUGAUAGCCCAUCUUGCUGCCUGGUUGGAAGUCUGAGUUCUCAGUAUGGUGGAGACACGUCUGUGCUUUACCACCAAUUGGACUUGCACACUAGGGAGCAGAAAGUCAAUCAAAUAGUAUUACUGAAGGACAUCAUUUACAAAGUGAAAACUGCUUUUAAUAAGGAAUUUGACAUAGUUGCACGACAAAAGGAGCAGGAGAUAGCAAGAGUGAAAGAAAGAAACCUGAGGAUCCAAGAAAUCUUGGCUCAACUUGACCUCCAAGCAGAAGUGUGGGAGCCAGGUCUUACAGAUGAUGAGAUACCAGAGCAAGUACUCACUGUUCAGGAUUCAGAGAUUAAAGUUGAAAAAUACUUGACUCCACAAGAGAGAGAGAAAGCAGAAAUGCUGGCUAAGCUUGGAAUGGAAAGACGCCUUGCUGCUCUGGACAAUGAAAGACUACGUGCUCUUAAUGACAUGAUGGGUGGAGUGCUAGAAAUCCAAAAGGAAGACAUAUUAAAAAUUGAUAUUCCUCCACCUCCUUUUAUAUCCAAGCCUGAACAUGAAUGGAAUGAUCAAGAAAUGAAAAUAUUCAGAGAAUAUGAGGAAAAAGUGAAGGAGCUGAAUGAAGAAAAGGAAAAGCAUAGAAGGGCACUGGAAAAUGAAUGGAAGAAACUUGAAGCUUCCAUACAGGAAACAACACACAAUUUUGAUGAGACUGUAUGCAAGCUCUUUGAAAGAAAAGUGAAUUUAGAGAUGGUCAUCUAUCAGGAAGAACUCAAAAUAGUCAAUCUUAUUUAUUCUUUACUGUUGGAUGAAGAGAUGGACACUAGAGAAGCUGGACUUCAGCAUUUCUUUAUGAAGAAGCAGAAAGAGAAUGUCAACAUUACAAGAACAAUCCAGACUACAAAAAGGAAAAUUGAGUUUUACAGUGAUGCAUAUGAAAACGCAAUUGCUGAAGAUGAGAAUCUGGAAUGUGGUUUUAGGACGGACUUUGCUGACGUUCCUGCCGAUCUUCUUGAUGAACUUUUCCAACUUUACAAAUGUCGACCAAGGACCCCAAUGAGAAAAAUGCUCCCUGACUCCGCUAACCCAUAUGGGGAUUGUUCAGCCUCAAGUGAAGAUUACAAAGAUAUACUCACCUGUUUAAUGGAAGCCAUGGAUGAGCUGGAUAAGCCUGAGCACAUGCCUGAUGGUUUAGACCCAUCUAUAUGGGAACAGUUUUGUCAAGCAAGACGAAAUAAAAUGGAGAGUGAGCAGCUGGUAAAGUGGAAGGCCCUAAAGCUGGCGGAGAUGCAGUCGUUUCUCCAGAGAAGAAUGGAUGACGAUCAGAAGAUUAAGUCAGACAUAGAAUACAUUUCCCAAGAACUCAUUUGGCUGCAGGAGGAGAAGAUAAAAUUUCAAUUGGAUUUGACUUUCCAGUUUUUGUUAAAACAAGGACAGGUGGAAUUGGAAAGUACUGAGAUCCCAGAUUACACUGAUGCCAUUAUCAUUAAUAGGAGUGUUGUUGAAGAACUGAAUUGCAGUAUCAUGGCUCAAGGAGAAAAAAAAAUUGCUAGCAUGGUGGAGCGUAAAGACUUCUCUAGAGGGAUAUUUCUGUUGGAAUGGGAACAUAAGAAAAUGAGAAUGCAAAUAGAAGAUCUGAAACAGAAGGCUCGGGAUAUUGCAAUGCUACCAAUUUCAAAAGAUCGCCAGCUAUUCCUAACCAUGCUGAACUAUGACAGUCACAUUGCCCACCGCAUUUCAGUGAUGAAGCAGACUCUUGAUGUCAUGGAUAAGCUGCACAAGAAAAAUACGAAGAAUCGUCAGAAAAGAAUUAGAGAGCUGGCGAAGUGCAUCGCUUUAAAAGAGCAAGCAAACUAUGAGCUCAGCCUUCUGCUAAAGGAAAUGCUUGUGUCUGUUUCAGAAAGGAGGCAUAUCUCUCGGGCAGCUGACAUACAGCGUAUUUCUGAAAGGAAUGCAAAGCAGCGUUACCGAGAGAUUUUGAAGCAGAAAAACCUGCGGGAUCUCAUAAAGGAACAGGAAAAACAGUUUGGAAUUCUUCAGGCAGAAGCUGAAAGACUGAGAUCAAGAACAUUCCCUAUUCUUUAAAAAUCCCAGUCCUGGUAGACGUAUAAGAAACUGCUCUUGUCUAAGACCCAGAGUUUGGACAUACACCUUUUCUCCCUGAACUCUCAACACUUUCUUCUGUAAUUUCUUUUAAAAUAAUACCAGUCGGAAAGAUGCACGUUUAUCUGUUUCAUACAUUUUAUACCUAGUAUUAUCUACAAUCUAUUUCGGUUCACGUGAUAUAUUUCUGCUGUUUUGGUUAUAUAAACAUAUAGUUCAUUACAGAAAAUAAAUGGAAGAUGUAAUUGUGGAAUGCAUUUCCUUAGUGUGCAAUAUGCAACUGGAGGACAUUUUGAAAUGAAGUACUGCAAGAAAGAUGUGAUUUUACAUCUACUAAUUGUUUAUCUCUUCCAUGCUUUUUCUUCCACUUCCAUAAAUUCACAUAAAAUCUGAACUUACCCCUUUCUAAGAACAUUAAUUAACUUUGAUACCUUAGGUCUCAGGGAAAAGAAGUACCCUUAUCAGGAAGACCCAUCAUCAUUUCUCAGUAAGCUAGAGAGGCAAAAAGGAACAGUUUCUUAAUCCUCAAACUGUGAUCAGUAAUAAAGGUCACUCUUCAGUAAGUCUCAGCAGGCAGCAACAUUCAGUAUUCUUAAGAGCAAGAAUUCUUGUGACUCCAAACUUAAGUCUAAUGAGACCUAUCAGUGUUACAAUGAACUAUUUGAUCUGUGACUUUCUUUCCGCUUGAGGUAUAUAAGAAAUUACUCCUUAUUAAGGAAAAUGGGAAAAAUAGUAUACAUACUAAACAGUUAAGGUACGGCCAAUGACAACUGUGAUUGCAUAUAAAAAAUUAUUCGCAGCAGGGAGCAU